UUGAGGAACGUUUCCUCAUUAUGGCUGCGCUACUGUACACGUUGUUGAUUGUGCUCCUGUCUGGCUGCUGCCUCGAGGCUGCCCUGGAUGAGAAAAGCUUUCAGGGAAUGCUCAGCCUUGAGCGGGAAUUGCUGCAGAAUCUGCGAGACUAUGCCUUGGAGCUAAGGGAAAAGAUCAGCGUCAUCAAUGGCGCUCUGAGGGAGUACAAUGAAGAAAUUGAAGAGGCCAAUGAGGAUCCGGAGCUGUAUGUAUCAAAUCCGCUGAAUGCCUUCCGUCUGAUACGCCACAUGCACCAGGAUUGGAUCAGCUGGCAGGUGUACAUGGAGCAGCAGGUGGGUCCCGACCAAGUGGCGAAGCUGGAGCGCAUGCUGCCGCAGCUGCCACAGCAGCAGGACUUCCAGGAGGCAGCCAAAACGCUGCAGAGCCUCACCGAUUUCUACGCUUACGAACCUGCUUUUUUGGUGGCUGAAAGAGAGUACAACAGCAAGCUGUAUCUCUCGCCCCUGGACUGCUACCACAUGGGCUUGGAGAUGUAUCGGCAGGAGAACUAUCACGAGGCACUCAAGUGGCUCACUGAGGCAGCCGAAAACUAUACCUCAUCGCCCUACAACGAUCUCUACAGCGUGCUGGGCGCGUCACGCUCGCAUGUGUAUCGAAUGCAGGCCAGAACCUACCAGAAACUCAACCGAGAGGAGGUGUACACUGCCUACCAGAAUGCCAUAAUCCUGGAUGAAUUCAACGUGCAGCUGCUGCAGGAAAGCGGCGCCAUAGAGCUGCUCAGCCUGCGCGAUCCCAUGGAGCCCAUUUUGGAGCCGGUGACCACGCCCAGUCCGUUGCAGCAGCAGUGCCGGGAAAGCGUUGUCGAGCUGUCCGCUAUCUGUGCACACAAUUCGAUGGUGUCCGCCUUCCUGUUGCUGGCCCCGCUCCGCUACGAGGAGCUGCUGCUCUCACCCUACAUUGUGGUCUACCGGGAUGCCGUCUACGAGUCAGAGGUCACACACAUCCGGAACGCAUUCAAGUGGUGUCCUCCGGAAGGAAAGUUCUCGAUGGAUGGGGGCGUCAGCGGCUGCUCUAUCCCCGAUGAGUACAGUCCCGUGAUGAAGCGCCUGCAGGAGCGGGUGCUGGACAUGACGGGCUCCUUCAAUCUCGCGCACAACUUCAAUGUGCUAGAGUACGCACAGACAGAGCCGUUUCGUCUGUUUCAGCUGUUCAAGGAGUCUCCCAGAUUUGCCGGCCUGGACUUCAACGAGAUCGAGGGUACAGCCAUUGUCUUUCUGAAUGAUGUGGAGAUAGGCGGCGCCAUCACCAUACCACACCAUCCAAUGUUCGUGCAGCCGCGGCAAGGUGACGCCCUGAUCUCGUUCCACGACGGCGACUUUGAGCACACCAUUUGCCCCCAUGUGGUGGGCACUGGAUUGGUCGUGGUGAAGUUUCUCUACGCGGACACGGAAGAGUGAGCGAAGCGUUUGUACCAUUCCCAAUCUCAUUCCCAUUCGACGUGGUCUGGAGCAGAGUCGCAGCCUAAAGACAUUUUACGCUCAUGAAUAAAGCUGUGUUGCCGUCACAC